AUGCUCAAGACCCAAGUCGCGACAGCGGUACUGCAGCGAACGACGCGCCUCUCGUCCCUCGCCGCCUCCCCCUCGCCGCCUUCGCCUUCCCCCGCGACGUCUUCUAGCUACACAACCGUCGUCAUCCACGCCCCGACCUCGUCGUCUUCUCCCGCCACCGCCAGGAUGACUACCACCGAGGGAUCGGUGCGGACCCAGCAUCCCCACGAGGCUGGCCCCCACGCCACCGAGGACCUCCGCGCCCAACAGAGGCCUCAACGGCCGUCCGCGGCCUACUUUCCCCUAGGCUACAAAGAUGCCGCCUACCAAUGGUGGACCAGCGUCACGCCUCCCAUGGCCGAGCGAAACGUCCUCUCCCUCAUCCCCCACCUCCGCGAGGCCGUCGACAGCCUGACCAAGCCCGUAUUAUCCUCCUCCUCAUCCGCGAGCUCAACGACCGGAAAUGCCGACCCCUUCGGCGCCCGCGUCUGGCGACGCUCCCUGGUCCAGCUCUCUGGCAAGAACCGCGCCCUGAAUGAGGUCUGCGUCGAGCGCGUCGGUGAGGAGCCCGAGGAGACGCUCGUCAUGGUCCACGGCUACGGCGCGGGCCUGGGCUUCUUCUACAACAACUUUGAGCCCAUCACCCGUAUCCCCGGCCUGCGCCUCUACGCCCUUGACAUGCUCGGCAUGGGCAACUCGUCGCGGCCCCCAUUCAAGAUCCACGCCAAGGAUAAGGAGCAGCAGGUCAUUGAGGCCGAGAACUGGUUCAUUGACGCCCUCGAGGAGUGGCGUAAGGCCCGCAAGAUCGAGCGCUUCACGCUCCUAGGCCACUCUCUCGGCGGCUACCUCGCCGUCUCCUACGCCAUCAAGUACCCCGGCCAUCUCAAGAAGCUCAUCCUCGCAUCCCCGGUCGGCAUCCCCGAGGACCCCUACGCCGUCAACGCUGCCAUGCCUGAGCCUGGCGAAUCCACCCUCGAAAACGAGUUCACUCAAGACCAGCAGUCUACCACCGAAACGUCCAACUCUGCCGCGACCCCACAAAAGCCCGGCAAGGACACGGCCGCGGCCGCUGCACCUAAGCGACCACUCCCCGGCUGGCUGGUCUGGCUGUGGGACGCCAACGUCUCCCCCUUCAGCAUCGUCCGCAUGGCGGGGCCGCUCGGCCCGCGCUUCGUCUCCGGCUGGAGCUCCCGCCGAUUCAACCACCUGCCUGCCAACGAAGCCCAGGCCCUCCAUGACUACUCCUUCUCCAUCUUCAAGCAAAAGGGCAGCGGCGAGUACGCCCUCGCCUACAUCCUCGCUCCCGGCGCCUAUGCGCGCCGACCAGUCAUCAACCGCAUCCAGGAGAUCGGCCGCCAGCCGCUCCCGCCGCCCUCGGCCAACUGCGAGGCCCACAGCAGCGACCGCUCCGCCUCGCCCGCAUCAUCGCUUGCAAAGGAGACGGGCAUCCCCGUCGUCUUAAUGUAUGGCGAAAACGACUGGAUGGACGUAGCUGGCGGCCUCGCCGCCGCGGAGAAGCUCAAGGAGGCUCGCGCCAAGGCCCUCUCCAACGCCUCCGCCGAGGAGAAGCGCGCCGAGAACGGCAGCGCCCGUGUCGUCGUCGUCCCCAAGGCCGGGCACCACCUCUACCUCGACAACCCGGACGACUUCAACCGCAUCCUCCGCGAGGAGGUGGAGUCCACUAUGAAGGCUGAGAAGAGCAAGCGCUUAGCCUCGUCAUAG